CGGCCCCACCUGCCGCCAGGGCCUUUUUCUCCCUGCGGGCACCCCACCACCCCGGGGCCAGCCCCCAGCCUGCGAGAGGCUCCUGCAUUUCCCCCACCCUAGCAGGUCGCCCAGGCCUCAGGCCACGUAUGUGAAUGGUGGCCUUCCGGCCACGCAGCACAUCAAGCAGGAGUCCCUGCCUGACUACCAGGCCAUGAGAGAAGCUCGCACACCCUUGUCCGCUCACUGCCGGGCCCCACCAGCCACUGGCCUGCACACAGACCUGGACCUGCCGGGCCGAGGCCUCGCUAACCCUGCACCUUCCUGCUACCUUCUGGGCAGUGAACCCAGCUCUGGCCUGGGCCCCCCGCCUGAGGCCCACCUCCCUGAGGGCAGCCUAAAGCGCUGCUGCCUCCUGGGCCUGCCCCCCACCUCCUCGGCCACCUCCUCGUCCUGCACCUCCUCCGAUGUCACCUCCAUCAUCCGCUCUUCCCAGACAGCUCUGGUCACCUGCGUCAAUGGACUCCGGAGCCCCCCACUGCCAGGAGAGCUGGGGGUGCCUCCCAAGCGGGCCCGGCCUGGCCCUGCGACCACAGAGAGCCACGAGGGCGGUUUGCAGCUGGAAGCCUGCCGGAAGGGGGGCUUCCUAAAGCAGGAGCCUGCGGACGAGUUCUCAGAUCUCUUUGGGCCGCCUCCCCAGCAAGGCCUGCCUCCCCCUUACCCCGCGUCUCAGUUGCCACCGGGCUUGGGCCUUGGAGGCCUGGGGCUGGGCCUGGGCAGGGGGGCGGCGGGCCGGCAGGCCUGCCGGUGGGUGGACUGCUGUGCGGCCUACGAGCAGCAGGAGGAGCUGGUGCGGCACAUCGAGAAGAGCCACAUUGACCAGCGCAAGGGCGAGGACUUCACCUGCUUCUGGGCAGGCUGCGUGCGCCGCUACAAGCCCUUCAACGCCCGCUACAAGCUGCUCAUCCACAUGAGGGUGCACUCGGGUGAGAAGCCCAACAAGUGCAUGUUUGAAGGCUGCAGCAAGGCCUUCUCGCGGCUGGAGAACCUCAAGAUCCACCUGCGGAGCCACACGGGCGAGAAGCCAUACCUGUGCCAGCACCCAGGCUGUCAGAAGGCCUUCAGCAACUCCAGCGACCGUGCCAAGCACCAGCGCACCCACCUUGACACGAAGCCCUAUGCCUGUCAGAUCCCCGGCUGCUCCAAGCGCUACACGGACCCCAGCUCCCUCCGCAAGCACGUGAAGGCCCAUUCAGCCAAAGAGCAGCAGGUGCAUAAGAAGCUGCACGCAGGCCCUGACCCCGAGGCCGACGUCCUGACCGAGUGUUUGGCCCUGCAGCAGCUCCAUGGGUCCACACAGCUGGCCGCCAGCGACAGGAAGGGGGGCCGCACCCUGGGCCAGGAGCUGCUCCCAGGCGUGUAUCCUGGCUCCAUCACCCCCCAUAACGGGCUCGCAUCGGGCAUCCUGCCCCCCAUGCACGAGGUCCCUUCCAGGCACCACCCCCUGGACGCCAGCACCAGUUCCCACCACCAUCUGUCCCCUCUGCCCACGGCUGAGAGCACCAGGGACGGGUUGGGACCCGGCCUCCUCUCCCCUAUGGUCAGCCCACUGAAGGGGCUCGGGCCACCACCACUGCCACCAUCCUCUCAGAGCCAUUCUCCGGGGGGCCAGCCCUUCCCCACACUCCCCAGCAAGCCACCCUACCCGCCUUUCCAGAGCCCUCCACCCCCACCUCUGCCCAGUCCACAAGGGUACCAGGGCACUUUCCACUCCAUCCAGAAUUGUUUCCCCUAUGGCGACUGCUACCGGACGGCUGAGCCCACAGCCGGUGGGGACGGUCUGGCCGGGGAAGCCCACGGUUUCAACCCCCUGCGGCCCAAUGGCUACCACGGCCUCAGCGCACCUUUACCUGCCACCGGCUACGAGGCCCUGGCCGAAGCCCCCUGCCCCACAGCACUGCCACCACAGCCACCCGAAGACAUGGUGUCCAGUGGCCCCGAGGACUGCAGCUUCUUCCCCAACGGGCCCUUUGACCACUGCCUGAGUCACAUCCCGUCCAUCUACACGGACACCUGAAGGAAGGCCCCGGCCGCACCUGCCCCCCUCCACCGCAGGCACUACCUUGCCCGCUAGCCGUCCGUCCCCACCCUCCGUGCACCCAGCCUGAGCCACCAGGCCCCAGCUCCCCACAGACUCGGGGUGGCCUGCACUGGCCAGGGACGAUCCCCUGUUCGGACGUGCCCAUCAGGACCCGUGACCUGCGACGUUCUCCUGACUGUGUUUUCCUUUUCUCUCCCCAAUGGUUUUGAAAUCACAGACCUCGUGUAUAUAAAAUGUACAGGAUUUGUUUUC